GAGUACGCAGCGCCGCUUCGCGGAAAAUUGAAUAAAGUGACUAAUAAGAAGGAGGAACGUGUUUUUCGCUAGAAAUUAGUGCUUUUUCUUAAUUUAUUCACCGUAGAAAUUACGAAAAAUGAAACCUCUUGUGCUCCAGGGCCACGAGCGCUCAAUUACGCAAAUCAAGUACAAUCGCGAAGGUGAUUUGCUGUUUUCCUGCUCGAAGGAUCAAAAGCCAAAUGUGUGGUUCUCCCUGAAUGGUGAACGAUUGGGCACCUUCAAUGGGCAUCAGGGAGCUGUGUGGUGCAUUGAUGUUGAUUGGACAACGACGAAAUUGAUGACUGGAAGUGGAGAUAUGAGUACUCGCCUCUGGGAUGUGGAGCGUGGCACAACUAUUGCCACAAUCCCCUGCAAAUCCUCCGUGAGGACGUGCAAUUUCAGCUACUCCGGCAACCAGGCGGCUUACUCCACGGACAAGGCUAUGGGGCACCACUGUGAGUUGUUCAUCAUUGACGUGAGGAAUCCGGAUGAGGGGCUAGAGAGUGCCAAUGCCAUUCUUCGUAUUCCCAUUCAAAAUUCCAAGAUUACUUCCAUGCUCUGGGGCUCUCUGGAUGAGACAAUCAUCACGGGGCAUGAAGAUGGACAAAUAACAAUCUGGGAUCUGCGAAUGGGGAAGGAAGUUAACUCCGUGAAUGAUCAUUCGAUGGUGAUUAAUGAUAUGCAAAUGUCCAAGGAUUGCACGAUGUUUGUCAGUGCAUCAAAGGACACCACAUCGAAGCUCUUUGAUUCGGAAUCCCUCAUGUGUCUCAAGACCUACAAAACCGAAAGGCACGUCAAUUCUGCCGCCAUAAGUCCCAUUAUGGAUCAUGUUGCUCUCGGCGGUGGUCAAGAUGCCAUGGAAGUGACAACAACAUCAGCGAGGGCCGGGAAAUUCGAUGCUCGCUUCUUCUAUCUUAUCUACGAGGAGGAAUUUGCACGUGUAAAGGGGCACUUUGGGCCCAUCAACAGUUUAGCCUUCCAUCCGGAUGGGAAGAGCUUUGCAACGGGGGGUGAGGAUGGUUUUGUGCGUGUCCAGGUAUUCGACUCUUCCUAUUUUGACUAUUCCUUCGACUAAAAUCCAGCUAGAAUUAAACGUUUGUAUUUGAAAUAUGUUUCUCACAAAUUGCUGGAAAUAUAGACGGAGAAAGAAAGAA